AUACAUCUCCAGUGGUGUAAUCCAUGUCUUCAGAGGUCAUAUGAUAGGUGUGGGUGAGAAACAGAUCAAUAUUUAGGUCCUUUUGUUUACUAUAAAUUGUCCUCCCUGUCUAGUAGGUGGCGAUAUGUGUGAAGAAUGUGAAUUACCAAAAACAAAAGAAGACGAAUGUAAAAGUGAAAGUGAAGAUUUAUAGUAAAAAAAAAAACAAUUGAAGUAUUAAAUAUUGAACUGUUUCUCACCCACACCUUUUCUAUCACUUCUGAAGACAUGGAUUACACCACUGGAGUCUUAUGGAUUACUUUUAUGCUGCAUUUAUGUACUUUUUGGAGCUUCAAAGUUCUGGUCAACAUUCACGUGCAUUGAAUGGACCUACAGAGCUGAAAUAUUCUACUAAAAUCCGGGAUGGCAUGAGGGUGAGUAAAUGAUCCUUUAUGGGGGGAAAUAUCCCUUUAACUGCACGUUGUCAUAGCAACCAUAUAGUGAUUACUCGGAUUGGGAAUAUUCCAGGUGUAAUUUCAGAUCAAUCGACAGCAUUUGUGCCAGAAUGAUGAUUACACCAAAACAUUAUUUAGAUAAUCCCUCCAUUUCUUUAGCAACGAACCGUUCACUUAUUCUCAUCGAUUAGUUUUCUGCCUUCAGGUGUGUGUUUACUUGUGAUUUUACGUUUGGUUUCAUAUAUUGGGGCAGUUGUGUUGAGGUUGAGCCUGCAACCUUCCAGUAACCUCCGUCUGAAACAAUACACACAGCAUUUGAAAUGAAGCUCAAACACGUGUCGUGUCUCUCUAUCUCUUUGGUGUGUCUCUGGAGACCGUGAUUCACUCUUUCCUCAUCACAAAAGAAGAAGUGAAAGUUUCUGUCUCUUCCUGUCAGUGUCGUUCUCUCAGUCUUGUAUCAGGUCUUCAGUGGUUGUGAUGGAGAGGAGGUCAUGUUCUUCAGGUUCUGUGUGGGACUCUCUGCUCAAGCUCUGUAUCUCUCAGCAAUCCCUGGAGCGGACCCCUUCACACGGCACCAAAGCUCCUCCGCCGGUUCUGAAGCCCGUGUUCAACACCAGAGGUCCAGAAGAGUCCUGGUCUGCCGUCAGUCCCAUCGUGUGGAUCUGUGUUGGGCUGGUCUUGAGCGGUUCGGUUCUGGUGCUGCUGUUCUGGUUCAUCAUCUACAGACAUCACAACAGGACCUCACAGAACACAGCUGGUGAGAAGGACUCGACGCCUCAUGCCACGGAAGCAGUACAUCAGGAAGAGGAAGUGCUCUCUCCCUGGCUGCACCUCAACGGAAAGACACAGGAAGUGCCAGUCUUUGAGGGGCCGUGUGGGCGGAGUAUGUGUAAUGGGAGGGCGGAGCAUGGACUGCCACUUCCUGCGACAGAACUGGGAGACUCCGCCCUCGUCACCACCAAAACUGGACAACCUGUAGACGUCUGAAUAAAAAUAUCAUCUGAUGGUAAAUAAUAAACAUCCGAACGGCAACCAAAUAUGUGCAAACUUCAAAUUUUAGCCCUUGUGCGAUCUUCGGGACAUUUUUGCCUUUUUCAUUUUUGCUUUUUCGAUAAUUUUGGCUGUUAAUACCAACGGCAUAUAUUUUGCCAAAGGUGUGUAUUUUGGUGUAAUUUUGAUAUUUCAGCCUCAGUUCCUAUAAUACAUCUAUAACACAUCUAUAACACACUGUGUACACACAAUAGUUUCACUCGGGACCUUCAGGACAAAAAUGUCCCCAUUGAAACUGCAAUAUUUGAUCCCAGUGCCAUUAAAGCAUAAAUUAAUUAUAUGAUAUUAUACUUUCAUUACGGAGCCCUGACUUUAAAAUGUACAUUUUAAAUAUUUUCCACCAGAUGGCGCCAUUUUCCUCAUGUUUAUCCUGUGGAGCAAAUACAAGCUUUUCCCCUAUUCACUGUUUACUGUAUUAUAGAGGUGUGUGUGUGUGUGUGUGUGUGUGUGUGUGUGUGUGUGUAUUCUCUGUUUACUGUAUUAUAGAGACCUGCAGGACAACUGAAUACAUGAUGCAGAUAUAAGUGUGUAUCUAUAUAAUUUCCCCUUGGCAUUUAGUAUAUGGAAAAUUAUACAUUUUUUGUGUUUCAUUAUGUAAACAAACUGGCAUUUAAAGGGUUAAAAUCCUGAAAAUGAAUAUUUGGUGAAAAUGAUCAGGACUGAUGUUGGUUAAAGUCAGUGAAAGUGGAAAAUAAUAUUAAUAUAUCAUAUUAUUAUGGCAGAUGUUUUGGCGUGGACAAUGCUCUCCUCUAAGCACCUUUGAGUAACUCUGUUAAAGUGACGCACAAAGGGUUAAAAACUGGGUAGAAAUAUUGAUUUAUCUCUUUAAUCCUGAUCUUGUUCUUUACAGAUCACUUCAGAGUUGUUGUGUUUAUAUCUACUGUAUGGUUUUGAUAUUGUCAUAAUGUGAAAUUUAGAAGUCUCCCUGAAUAAUUAAAGCACUGAAAGAUAAUGUCUUUAUAUGUGAGCUAAAUGAACAUUACACCGGACGUUUGCACACAUUAAACUGUGUUUAUAUCUGAAAUCAGGCCAUCGAUACCCGCAAUAUUCAGUUAUAUAUAUUGAGUUCAGCUAUAUGCAUAUUGAUUGUCAUGUGUAUAAUAGUUUAUUUACAGUUAUAGAUCAUCAUAUGGGAUGAAUUCAGUUUGAAAUGUCACUAUUUGUUACUUUAAAGUCACAAACAUGAAAAAUAAUAACAGUCUCUGAAGAGAGAUUUUCUGCUGACUGAUAAAAUGAUAUAUUCUGUUUUUAAGAUGUUCAGAAACAGUGUCAUGUGUUUAUAAUGUAUAUUCCUGUAUUUGAUAAAUAAAACAUUCUGAGUAAUACAAUACAGUUUGUCUCUUCAUAUAUUGGUAAGAAAAGAGUGUUUAUGAAGUCAUAUUGCACAAAAGACACAUACAAAAUAAAAUCAUCAUAUUGGCUCAAUGAAUAUCAAAUAUGAUUUACACAAAAACACCAUGAAGGAUUCUUAAAGGGACAGUUGCACCACAAAUGAAUGUUCUGCCGUCAUUCACUCGUUACAGACCUGCAUGACGGUCUCAGUCACCAUUCACUUUAAUUGCGUCUUCUGUCCUCACAGUGUAAGUCAAUAGUGACUGGGACAGUCAUUCAACAUGAAGGUGUGUUACGGUGUGUCUGUGUGUGUUACAGGUGUGUGUGUCUUACGAGUGUGUGUGUUACGGUUGUGUCUGUUGUGUUACAGGUGUGUGUGUGUGUGUUACGGGGGUGUGUGUGUUACGUGUGUGUGUAUGUGUGUUACAGGUUUGUGUGCUACAGAUGUGUGUGUGUUACAGGUGUGUGUGUGUUCCGGGUGUGUGUUACAGGUGUGUGUGUGUGUUACGGAUGUGUGUGUGUGUGUGUGUGUGCUACAGAUGUGUGUGUGUGUGUUACAGGUGUUUGUGUGUUACGGGUGUGUGUGUUACAGAUGUGUGUGUGUGUGUGUUACGGGUGUGUGUGUGUUACGGGUUUGUGUGUUACAGGUGUGUGUGUUACGGGUUUGUGUGUUACAGGUGUGUGUGUGUUACAGGUGUGCGUGUGUUACGGGUGUGCGUGUGUUACGGGUGUGCGUGUGUUACGGGUAUGUGCGUGUGUGUUACGGGUAUGUGCGUGUGUUACGGAUGUGUGCGUGUGUUACGGGUGUGUGUGUGUUACGGGUGUGCGUGUGUGUUACGGGUGUGCGCGUGUGUUACGGGUGUGC